AUGGAUAACAAUGAUGAUGGAGGGAGAGCUAUCCCAUUUAUAGAAGUAGAUGAUGAAAGAGGAACAUUUUCAGUCAACACCGAAGCUAUGGCACUCUUAGAAGAACAACAGAAGAAGAAAAUUGUAGUUAUUUCAGUAGCAGGGCCCUAUCGUUCUGGCAAAUCCUUCCUCGCGAACAGAUUCCUAAAUAAAAUGAGAGGGUUUGAAAUUGGAUCAACUGUUUAGUCCUGCACAAGAGGCAUCUGGAUGUGGAAUAGACUGGUUCCACUCUCCCCAGAGGUAGAUGCCUUGCUACUAGAUACAGAGGGUCUCAAUUCAACAGAUAGAACUCUAGACUUAGAUGUUAAAAUAUUCUCUCUUGCUAUACUUUUAUCAAGUACAUUCGUAUUUAAUCAGAUAGGCCAUAUCACUGAGCAAAGCAUAGAGGAUAUGUCUGUUGUCUUGAGACUUACUAAUGAACUUAAGAUCAAAGAUAGCACUCAAGAAGAGACUGGUUUGGAAUUCAAACAUUACUUCCCUUCCUUUGUGUGGGUUCUAAGAGAUUUCUCACUCAACUUUAAGCAUUUGACUUCAAAGAGCUACCUCGAAUAAUGUCUUGAAAAUCAGAGAGGAAUGUCUGAUGAGGUAUUCCAGAAGAAUAGCAUUAGACAGUCAAUCAAGAAUUUCUUCAGUGAUUUAGAUUGCUUUACUUUGGUAAGGCCAGUCAAUGAUGAAAGGCAGUUAGCUCAUAUCGAGGAAAUGAAAUAUGAAGACCUGAGGCCUGAGUUCAUUUAAGGAAUGGAUCUCUUAAUGGCAAAGUUAAAGCAUGAGCCAUUUAGAUUGAAAAACAUUAAUGGUAGAGCACUGAAUGGAAGCAUGCUUUUAGGUAUGGCUUUAGAAUACGUAGAUGCUCUAAAUAACAAGGAAAUACCUGUAGUUCUUUCAAGCUUUGAAAGAGUGGUUCAGGUAGAAUCUCGAAGAGUAACAGAGAAACUGUUUGAAGAAGUUACUAAUCAAAUCAAGUAGCAAUGCGAUGAUUCACUAAUGCCUUUUGAAGAGGAAGAGUUAGAGACAAUAUACAGUGAGAUUCUAAACUUUGCUAAUAGAAAGAUUUGUGAAAAGCUGCAGGAUAUCGCCUCUGUUGAGAACCUAGUGGAAUUAAGAGCAGAAUUUGAAAAGAGAGUCAGAUCCUACUUCAAGACAGUAGAGGAGGCUAACAGUAAUGAAAGCAGGACGUAUUGCCUAAAUCUGUUGCAUAAUCUCUAGGCAGCCAAAUUAUCCGACAUCAAGAUAAAUGAAAUUCAAGACAUCCAACCUAAUCUUAUGACUCAAUUCAAGAAUCAAUUUGCAGCUCUUUUAAUUGAAUAUGCUAAGACAGCCAAAGGCCCAUACAAGGCAGAGGCUGUUUCUGAAAUAUUUCAAACAAAGAUUAUUGAGGAUAUGACGAACCUUAUCAAAGAUAUAGAGCAAGCCUACCAGAAUGCAUUUAAUAAGACAAAGUUAAUGAUAUCUGAGUACUCUCGAUCAGAAAUAAAAUUGCAGCAACUUAUCAAUCAAUCACAAUAGACCCUCUAGUAGCUAGAAAAUGAGAAAGAGACUCUGAUGAAUGAUAAGACAUAACUUGAACUAGAAAUAGACAAUGUCUACAGACAAAUCAAGUCAAAGGAUGAGGAAAAAGCCAAUGUCUUGAAUCUUAAGAUGAUUGAGCUUACCAACCUUAAAUCUAAUCAUGAGAAGAAAAUCAUGGAAAAGAGUGCCUAUAUCAAGUAGUUACAAACUGAGAUCGAGCAAUUGAAAGAGCAGAUUAGUAAAAAUCAAGAGAUCAUACUUAAUCUUCAAAAGACUAAGCUUAAGGAUGUGAGUUAACUUAAGAAUCAACAUAAAAUUAUGAAAGAGUCUUUGGAAUAGAACAAGAAGAAGUUAUAGGAAAACGCAGAGCUUAUGGCAGUAAACUCUUUAUUCAAAAAGCUCAAGAUCAACUUUGAUGAGAUCAAGGUGAUGAUAAGUGAGCUGCAAGAUCUUUAAAGUGUUAAAGGAGAGUAUUAUACUCUAUAGAAGGAGAUCCAAGAAAGAGAACUAAGAAUUUAGUCGCAGGAAUAUAGAUUGAAGUUGAAACAUGACUGUGAUGUCUAGGAGUAGAUACUGAGACACAGAAAACAAGUAGAGGAUUUGGAAAACGAAAAGGAAAACAUCGAAAAAGAGAUCCAAUCAAUUGAAGAUGCUAUAUUCAAUGUCAAGAAAGAAAACAAACUCAUUGAGGAAAAUAUUAUAAUGCAAAAGCAGUUAGAGCAACAUCAAGACUCUUUAAUCAAGCAUUUAUCAGUUAAAUCUAAAGAGGAGUAGGAUAGAUAGGAGGAACUUGAGGUUCAUUAGUAUGAAUAGUCAGUCAAAAAAGCUACAUUAGUUGAGGAUAUUGACAUGGUUCUGGUGUUCAUGGAGGAAUUUAUCAAGAAAAAUACUGGUUAUAAAUCCAAAGAUGAGUAGGCUUUCCGUGAACUCAGUGAACUGGAUAGAGAAAGUGUUAAUGAGAUGCUCAAAGGAUUUGGAAUACAAUACAAUGACGCCUUCUGA